UAAUGUGAUGUGUUACCCAAGAUGGUGUGAACAAAGCUUCAAGCCAAUGGAGAAGACUAGGCCUAAAUAGCUGACCCGGUGAAGUGAAAAUUAAAGCCACACCUGGAGAGGCACAUCUCAGCAGUUUUUCUCAAUGCCAAUGCAUUGAUGGCUGGUUCAGCGGAUUCCUACACAAGCAGGCCGUCUGACUCCGAUGUCUCUUUGGAAGAGGAUCGGGAAGCGAUUCGGCAGGAGAGAGAGCAGCAGGCCGCCAUCCAGCUUGAGAGAGCAAAGUCCAAACCUGUAGCAUUUGCUGUGAAGACGAAUGUGAGCUACUGUGGUGCCUUGGACGAGGAUGUCCCUGUUCCAAGCACGGCCAUCUCCUUUGACGCCAAGGACUUUCUCCACAUUAAAGAGAAAUAUAACAAUGAUUGGUGGAUAGGAAGGCUGGUAAAAGAAGGCUGCGAGAUUGGCUUCAUCCCAAGUCCACUUAGGUUGGAGAACAUUCGGAUUCAACAAGAACAAAAGAGAGGACGUUUUCACGGAGGGAAAUCCAGUGGAAAUUCUUCUUCAAGCCUUGGAGAAAUGGUAUCAGGAACAUUUCGAGCAACUCCCACAUCAACAGCAAAACAGAAGCAAAAAGUGACGGAGCACAUCCCCCCUUACGAUGUUGUGCCAUCGAUGCGUCCAGUGGUGUUAGUGGGGCCGUCACUGAAGGGUUAUGAGGUCACAGACAUGAUGCAGAAAGCCCUCUUUGACUUCCUGAAGCACAGGUUUGAUGGGAGGAUAUCAAUAACGAGAGUGACAGCUGACAUUUCUCUUGCUAAGAGGUCUGUCCUAAAUAAUCCCAGCAAGAGAGCAAUAAUUGAACGUUCGAACACUCGGUCCAGCUUAGCGGAAGUACAAAGUGAAAUUGAAAGAAUCUUUGAGUUGGCGAGAUCUUUGCAACUGGUAGUUCUUGAUGCAGACACCAUCAAUCACCCAGCACAACUUAUAAAGACCUCCUUAGCACCAAUUAUUGUUCAUGUAAAAGUCUCAUCUCCAAAGGUUUUACAGCGGUUGAUUAAAUCUAGAGGAAAGUCCCAAAGUAAACACUUAAAUGUUCAACUGGUGGCAGCUGACAAACUUGCACAAUGUCCCCCCGAGAUGUUUGAUGUUAUACUAGAUGAAAACCAGCUGGAGGAUGCGUGUGAACAUCUGGGAGAGUACCUGGAGGCCUACUGGCGUGCCACUCACACGACCAGCAGCACCCCCAUGACCCCGCUGCUGGGAAGGAAUUUGGGCUCAACAGCACUCUCACCAUAUCCCACAGCCAUUUCUGGGUUGCAGAGUCAACGUAUGAGGCACGGCAACCACUCCACAGAGAACUCACCAAUUGAAAGACGAAGUCUAAUGACCGCCGAUGAAAAUUAUCACAAUGAAAGGGCUCGAAAGAGUAGGAACCGCUUGUCUUCCAGUUCCCAGCAUAGCCGAGAUCAUUACCCUCUGGUGGAAGAAGAUUACCCUGAUUCCUACCAGGACACUUACAAACCCCACAGGAACCGAGGAUCACCUGGGGGAUACAGCCAUGACUCUCGACAUAGGCUAUGAGUCUGCAGAAACAAACAAAAAAUUCAUCUGUUGACAAUUUGCCAUAGCACUGCUAGGAUCCAACCAAUCAUCUUGGCAAGUCAGCACAGUAUUGACUGUGCUUGUGGGCUGCUGGCAUUGAUGCUAAGAAGGGGCAAAAAAAAAAUGUACAUUAUGCCCUUCGGUCUAGAUGGAUAUUAGAUGCCCAAUCAUAUAGAUAUUUUUAAGUGCAACAUUUACAUAACAGUACCUUUUGUUUUCUUCAUUAGAUUUAGACACAUCAAUUUGUAAUUUAGGGUACUUAUCAAGGCACAUAUAAAAUAAUUUCCCACGCUGGAAAUUCCAAAUGACCAGUUCCAGUUGGAACCAAUUUAUAAACCAAUUCCUGUUGGAAUUUGGGUGAAUCGACUAGAAAGUCUACUUGAGCAUGUUGCAAUCAAUUUAAAAAAAUCUGAAAAAAAUCAAUUAGUAAGAAAAUCAAAAUACCAAUAGAAGCCAAAACCAGCUAUGGUAUUUCUUUGCUGGAAGCUAAAUUUACACUUAAAGUUGGAUGUAUAAACAUUUUAAUAUAUGUUAAUGUUGCCAGAAUGGCAUUUCAAACUUACCAAAUGUAUUGAUAGUGCCAAAAAAAAAAAACCCAACUCUAAUUAAUGCAGAAAUUCUACAGUCUCCUCAGAUUUUAAUAUUUUUAUUUCUUUCCUGGCAUAGCUGUUGUAUUCAAAGUGUUUUGCUCUUUUUUUAGUCACAACUGUUAGCUUGUUUGAGGUUGGAAAAAAAUUAAAAAUUUCUUUAGCAGUGAGAGAGAACAGAGAAGCCCAAUCAUAGUUGGUUAUGUGAGAAGGAAAAUGGGGUGUUUUCCCUUUAAUCAAUCUGAGCACAACUACAUACACCCAGGAAUCUGAAGUCAGACAGUAAAGAUGGGCACAGAUCCUCUCAUGUGCAAGGCUAAACAUUUCCAGACAGGAUUUCAUCUAUCCCACUUACUGCAUAUGUGGGUUCCAUGUUUCCCACCAGCACAAUUGAAUAUCUUUCCAUUGCUUCACUCAGUCUCUGUCUUUGAAUAUCAGAAUGUUCUAGCCCUCCACCAAAUUCUUUAUAAUCAUGCUAAGGAUUUUUUAUUUACAUGGACAUACUGAAUUUUGAUAUUGAACACUGUGUUUAUACAAAAUGAUUAAUUGAACAAUUGUGAAAACCAAUUUAAAAGCUUGCAUUCAAAAAUAUAAAUUCAUAGAUUCAGAAUAGAUUUGUUCACUAAAAUUAUAUCAUUUUUGUUGCAGAGAAUUAUAAAGAAUUUGAAGAUUGAACUGCCUUAUUUCUAAUGAACACUCCUCUUUACCUAUUAAGUCUUCACAGUUUUUCCAGUGGCUAUAAUUAUGGAAUCGGUGACCUUAUGUCUUUUAUGAUCAAGGAAGCCUUAGAUUCCCACAAUCUAGAAAUUAUUGAAAUUCAGCCUUUUAUUGAAUAUACAAAUGUCUUUAGGAAAAGUCCCUUGUUGCUAAGAGUCCAUUUUUUCUAAAGGCCCAGUGGAAUCAGGCAUAAAAAUCCUUUUCUGCUAGUACAUGUCAUGAAGCCUAUUUUUUUUUAAAACAGUAGUAAUUUAUUUUCUGUUAUUUCCCCCAUCCAAGCCUUUCAAUGUUUAGGCUCUCAAAGUAUGCACCAGUUAAAUAAUUUUCCUGACCAUGAUAUGAGUUCCAUAUUUUUGAUUAGUUAUAUAUCUUUUUUUUGGCCACGAGGUACAAUGGCUUGCUGUGGGAACUCAGUUCCCAGACCAGGGAUUGCACCCAGGCCACAGUGGUGAAAGCGCCAAGUCCUAACCACUAGACCACAGGGAACUCUGUAGUCAUAUCAUAUAUCUCUUGAACUUCAUUAUGACGCCCCACAUUACCUCCCCUCCUGUUGUUCACUCUGCAAACUCCAUUAUGAACCUGUUUAGCUGAUAAUAAGGAUGCCUAUAAUUAUGUAAGUUAUCUCAAAUAUUUAAUACAAUUAAAAACUGUGGGCUCAGUGAAUUCUAAAAGUUAA